GAGAAAUAUUUUAACAGUGUGGGGCACCCCCUAGGUGCUAUAGAAAUGCUGUUCUGAGUAUUUUAGUCUAAGCCCCUCCUUUAUGGAGACUUCGGUGAAAUGACUUGUCUGGAGGUUAGGAACAAAAAAAAGCAGAACUUGGGUUUGAGUCCCAAAUCCAGCGUUCUUUUCCCCAAAGCACUCUUUCUGGCUUAAGGCAGGGGGGCCUCUACAGGGGGAAGAGGCCUCUGAGGAAGGUUGUGGAGUGCUUUUAUUUAUGUUUAACUUUUUUAAAAAUUUAAAUCGCUCUCCCCACAAGUGGGUGUGAAGAACAGAAAAGCAAAAGGCUUUUAAUAGAUAUAUAAAAACGGACAGCUGGGUGGUUCAGUGGAUCAAGAGCCUAAUAGAUAGAGAUGGGAGUUCAAAUCUAGCCUCGGACACGUCCUAGUUGUGUGGCCCUGGACAAGUCACUUAACCCCCUUGGCCGGGCCCUUACCCCAGUACCCACAGUACUGAUUCCCAGGCGGAAGGUAAAGGUUUAAAAAAAACAAGACACAACCAGAAAUACAUAAUCAAGUCAAACAAUUCCCCCCCUUGGCCCGAGGUCUCUCGCUAUCCUGGUUCAUUAUCGGUCUUCCGGAAUCAGGGGCGUCACUGCGGCGAUCAGAGAGGGGGCUUAGGGCUCUCGAAGUUGUUUUCACAGGGGCUGUUCGUGUACACAUGGUUUCCCUGCUUCCGCUCACUUGAAUGGAGUGGUUUAAACACGGGGCAAUGACUUUUUGUAAUAGUAAGAAUCCCGCUUCCAAUCCAGGAGGGACAUAAAACAUACACAAAUGACUUCAAACAUGGGGGGGAGGGGCAGCUACUGUGAUUCAGUGGAGAGGGCGCUAGAUCUGGAAAAGGAAGAUCCUGGGUUCCCACGUGGCCUCACACGUCCCGGCUCUGUGACCCUGGGCAAGUCACUUGACUCCAGUUGCCCAGCGCUCUUCUGUUCUAAGGCAGAAGAGUUCAAGGAAUGCUUCUCCCUGUACGACAAGGGACAGCGAGGGCGAAUAAAAGCCAACGACCUCCUCGUGGUGAUGCGGUGCCUGGGGGCCAGCCCGACCCCGGGAGAAGUGGGACGACACCUGCUGAAUCACAAACUAGUGGAUGAUCUCCUGAGAGAAGCUAAUAUUGGUCCAAAUGGCAAAGUGAAAUACAACGAAUUUAUCCAAAAGAUCACCCGUCCUGCGCCAGAUUACUGAACUGGGGAGAAUGGCGCUGUCAUACCUAGACCGCUACGUCGUGUCCCCGCUGCACACAACUUUUCCGGAGUAAUACGAAUAAAAUUGCUUUUGACAGCACCAUGACCUUA